AUGGACUCGCAGUUGGCAAGAAGCCGGCUGUGCGAGUGCUCGGCGCAGGAGCCUACGCAGCUGUUAACUUCAUUCUUCGCAUCGCGACACCGUGAGCUGAUCCAGCUCCUGGAGGAGAUGGCCCCCUCCUGCAUGAUCGAAGGCGCUCUCACGCACCAGGCCGUCUGUGACGGCUGCGAGGCCGCGCCUUUGAAGGGCCCGCGGUUCAAGUGCACGAGCCGCGCGGACUUCGACCUUUGUGGCACGUGCUAUGCCCGCAAGCGCGAGAUCCUUGGCUCGGAGGCAGGGGACGACUUCGAGUGCAUCUUGUCGGGCAUGAUGCCUGUUGGCCUGGGAAGCCUGCUCUCCGGCAUGAAAGGCAAAGGGAAGGGCAAGGGCUGCAAGGGCAAGAGCGGCAAGAUGGGUGGCAUCCCCGGCUUCCUUCAGGACAUCAGCCAGCACCCGCUGGCAGGCCUCCUCCAGCAGCGUUUUGCCGCAGCGGCCGAUCGCGUGGGCAAAGCCGCCGAUCGUGCGGGCAUGAAUACCGGAGCUGGUGGCACAUGUGGCACGGAGAAUCCACUGGCCGGCAUUGCUGGACUUCUGGGCGAGCUGGCUGGCAAGGGUGGCAACCGUGGUAACCAGGACCAGGCGAAUCCCUUGGCUGGCCUUGCCGGCUUGUUCGGCCAAAACAGCCAGAAUGGCGAGAAUCCCUUGGCGGGUCUCGCAGGGCUGUUUGGUGGCAAGGGCCAGUGCGGGGGUGCGGCGGGCGCGGGCCCAAACCCGAGCCCGAGUGAGAACCCCUGGGCCGGCCUCGCUGGGCUCCUCGGCGGCCUCAAAGGCAAGGGCAAAGGCAAAUGGGCCAACCCAAACGGCUCGCGACUCAGCACUUCGCCGAUGCAGGCGGAAUCUCGUGAGUCUAGCGGCUACGAGCAGCCCACGGCUUCAGCGCCUGCACCGACGGAGGCCGAGCCGUCUGCCCCUCCCAUGGACCAGUGCAAGGAGGUUGACGCACCCACCUCGGAGGUGCCGGCAGCUCAGGUCCCGAAGCCUGCGGCCGAGCCAGCAGAGGACAUGUCCGGCGAGGUGAAGGAGCCGGGGCUCCGAUACUCCUUCCCCGUCCAGGUCGAUGAUGGCCGCAGCCUCCAGAUCACCUGGAAGUCCUCUGACGCCCGGGAGCAGGUGGCCAGGGAGUUCAUCGCGAAGUACCGGCUGCCGGGGGAUCAGGUGGGCGACAUAGUCGCGUUCAUGCAGCAUGCAGAGUCGCUGGGCGCCCCCAGCGCAAGCAACGCAGCAUCCAGCUGGGAAGAAGCGCCAGGGGUUGAGGCUCCCCCGACCUAUGCGGAGCAGAUCGCGCAGAUCCAAGAUCAGGGCUUCACGGUCGACGUGGAGGAGCUUCGAAACCUCCUUGCUGCCUUUGGGGGCAGCGUGGAGAAGGUGGUGGCAGCGCUCCUCCAAGGUUGA